AUUAAUUUUGUCUAUAGAGUUUUUUCUAAGUAUUUCAUACCUUCAUAGUGCUUACAGUGUCUCAGCUGCAUGGGAUGGCAGAACCUUUGAUGGAAAAGAUGAGAAUUCAAAACAAAACUGAAAUACUGGGGAAAUAACCUCAAAUGAUGUUUAGUGGGGAUAAGUUUCUGAUAAGGAAAGAGGAACCAAAUGCAUAAAUAUACAAUGGAAGAUAAAUGACUGGGUGAUAGCACUGAAGAAAGUAAUCCAGUCAGUUUGUUACUGGAUCCAACAUGAAACAGGAGGUGAUCGAGUAUCUUUGCCAAAAAAGGUAUCAUGUGAUGCAUUAACAGGCACAUUGUACAGGUGGCACACAAGACAGUUACACUGCUAUUCAAGGGUGAUGCUAACUCAGAAUAACACCUUUAAUUCUGAGCAGCAUACUUACAGAAAGGCAGAACCCAGGAACUCCUAAAGCAGUGGCUGCAGCAGUAGUAUUUCUGGUCAUCAACACUCAGGAUGAAGAAUGUUUCUCUCCUUUUCUACCUUAUCCACUUGCCAUACUACUUUUCCUCAAAUAAGGUCCACAGCUUCAUAUUUUUACUGGUUCCCAUGUUACUGUGUAUAAUUCACACUCAGAAGCAAUGACCAAAGCUCCUUCACUUCUAGUUCCCAAAACUUUCUGCUAUGUAUUCUGCCUCUCUAACAAAAACCCUAACACACACACACACAAACACACACACACAUGCUUAUUUGAGUGCUUAAAAUACUUUUAACCUCACCAGGCCUGUACUGCCUGUCUUGGCUGUCCUUCCUAGUUUGAUAUUCAGGUCCUAACUAGCAGGGACCUGGGAGGCUGAAUUGUUGAUUCGCAGUUGCCUAGGUGGAAGUUGCUGCUGAAUUUACAACUGGGUCAGCAUCAUUGUGUGUGGCUUACAUUGUCUUACAGAAGCCUUUUGUUUAGAUAAGUAGUUCUAUAGGAGCAGAAUAGGAAGCACCUGCCUCUGUAAUCACUUCUGCUCAGUGGAGAAAAAUAUUACUAUUUUUUAUAGAAGGCUACUGAGAAAAAUGCAUUACAACGAAAUGUGUUUGCUUUCUUUGAUUUUUCAUUUGGAAUAUUAUGGGCUUUGGCUGACCUUGUGACUGAAAACUGGGAACAUUCUGAAAUUUAUCUCUUUUCACAUUUAAAUUCUCAUUAGAAUUCUGAAAGUAUAGGAAAUGGCAUGCCAAGUAAAAAUUUUGUAUUUUUAUUGUUUUCAUAAAGUAUUCUGAAUCUAAUUUACAGGAUCAAUGUUAAUGAAAAGUCACUAGCUGCUAAAUAAUUCACACAAUAAUGAAAUAAAGAUUGUGAAUGCACAUUAAUUGCAGCAGCUGCUUAAAUAUGGGACCACAUGUCCAAGAGUGGAGCUGUCAGCAGUUGUUAGAUAAUUGCUUCUCAACCUAUAGUACAAACAGUUCCUUCACUGAAACAGAGAGAACAGGUUAUGUUCAGACUGGUUUCAGUCAGUGGGUGCUACUGUCCAGUGGACAGAGGCACGAUCAAAUUCACUUUUUUUUGAGUAUUUCAACAUUGUAAUAGUUUAGCUUUGGUCCAUCUCUAACAAAAGGAAUAGCAAUAUGCUAUAGCUGCUGACUCUUACAACCCUAAAUUACAUUUUGCUUCUGUAUUGCUGUAUUUGCGCACUGAUUUAACUCCAGUGAUUUUAAAAGAGUUCUCUCCCUGACUGCAGCCUCCUCACUGACGUCUUUUUCUGUCAACUCCAGACAAAUCCCAUUACACUUCGCUCCUGAACAGCAAAACCACAUUCUCGUAUUUGGAAUUCCCGACCUAUUUUUCUUAUGGGACAAUCACAAGUUAGCUGUGUAACUUCAAGGUGGAUCAGUGGGGCUUUUAGAUCUGCAGGUUACCAGUUUGUUCUUUUAAUAUACUGCUAUGCUGAAGUUGCAAGGUCCUGGCGACAGGGGCCACCAUUUCCAGGAUCACCCAGGUAUUUUACCAUGUUUGUCAAGCUUGCGAGUACUGAGUUAAGACUGAUACAGGCUAACCUUCUCAAUAAACAAACACUGCAGUAAAACUGGUAAGUGGCAUAGUGGCUCCUUUAUCACUUUUAAUAUGAUUAAUAGGAUUAAUAACUUAAUAGGAUUAAUAUUUGGUCUGACUGUUAACGUGGGGUUUUUUGACCACUGUACUUCUGUAGUUAGCAUUAGGUCAUCAGGGUGAGCCUGGAAAUAUUUUUUUUAAUUAUUCUUUCACUCUUUCUCAAGCCAUCUAUGCAGCUCUCCAGUUCUUAAUUUUCUGUAUGCACUCGGGACUAGUCUGAGAAUUUGCUGAGACCUGUCAAGGAAGCCUCUUCUGAAUUUCCCAGUUCAACUCAGCUUUUGUGAAGGGUUUCUAUGAAGCUGCAGACACAAGUUGAGACAACCACCCUGGAAAGACGGCAUAAUAGUGCAUCCUUUCUUUGUAGUAUGCAACAGGUGGCACAUUAACCAGUGCUUAUGAUCAGAUAACACCCCUCUUAGCCACUGUAGCAAGUUUGUCUCUGUACGUGCAUGUAUUUUUUUUCUUCUCGUUUCCUGCUGGAAGAAAAGGAGGGCAUGCUAGGGAUCUCGUAUAGCUAUCAACAACUGAAAAAUAUUUUCAAGGGAGUAUCCCUAAAUAAGAUAGGACUCUAGGGAUAUUAGGUCAUUGGCUGCUUUGUUUAUUCUUCUAAAAAUUUUAGUGCCUGGUAAACGUGCCUCUCCCUUUACAGCUCCUCCUUGUGGUCAAGCAUGCUAAUGGCUUCGCAGGACGUGGUAGCAAGUCGGCAGCUGGAGUCCGCAGACACACCGGCUCUGACCGCAGCCCGGCAUGGGCAGCCCAAACCCAGAGAGGCAGUUGAACCUUUUCCUCUUGAACAGGAUCUACAGAACUGCUUUCAAGAGCAGAUACGACUUCAGGGUCAGGUGAGGCUUCUGGAACAUCGUGUGAAACAGCAGCAGUUAAAAAUUAUACAGCUUUUAGAGAAGAAAGAGAUUCAGUACAGUGACGGAGAUGGAAAAAGUGUCAUUGACUUGGGAGGAAAAAGACAGUAUUCAGAUUGUGCAGAAAUCUACAAUGACGGCCAUAAGCAAAGUGGAUUUUAUAAGAUGAAACCUAUCCAGAGUCCUACUGAAUUCCUUGCCUUCUGUGACAUGUCUGAAGGGGGUGGUUGGACUGUUUUUCAGAGACGUUCUGAUGGCAGCCAGAAUUUUGAUAGAGUCUGGACUGACUAUGAAGAAGGCUUUGGAAAUUUUGUUUUGACAAAUGGUGAAUAUUGGCUUGGAAAUAAAAAUCUUCAUUAUUUGACUAAUCAAGGGAACUAUACUUUAAGAAUUGAUCUAACUGAUUUUGAAGGAGAACGGCGUUUUGCACAAUAUGCAAGAUUCAGAGUUGCAGAUGAAGAGCAUUCUUAUGAGAUGAGCUGUGGUGAAUACUCUGGCACAGCGGGUGAUUCCCUUACUGGUGGAUUUCAUCCUGAAGUAAAAUGGUGGGCUAAUCACCAAGGAAUGAAAUUCAGUACUAGAGACAGGGACAAUGACAACUAUGAAGGGAACUGUGCUGAAGAGGAAAAGGCUGGCUGGUGGUUUAACAGGUGUCACUCUGCCAACUUGAACGGUUUGUACUACAAAGGCCCCUAUACUGCAAAGACGGACAACGGGAUUGUUUGGUACACUUGGCACGGGUGGUGGUAUUCUCUGAAAUCCGUUGUCAUGAAGGUCAGACCAGCAGACUUUGAACCUAAAAUUGUUUAAGUAUUUUAUUAAGACGAUUUAUAUAGUUAAUCUUUUAGCAAAUCAAUCCAAAUUAAAGCAGAUGGGCAGAUUUUGCUUCUCAUCUAUGCAUAUAUAAAUCUGGAAUAAUUCCUCUGCAACUGCAGUUUUAUGAGAUGUAAAUGAGAAGACAAUCUGGCCUACGAAUCUCUAGAUACAAACACUAGUGAUAAUAUGUGUACAGCAUUUUUUAAAAAGGCAGGCAUUCACCUAGGAAUAAGGACAUCUUCAUCAACAUGGAGAAUUUUUGGCUUCUGCAGUAACUACAGAUCCUUUCACCCUUAAAAAAUCCCCAGUUUUGUCACUGUGUUGUCUCAAAAAUGAAAAUGAAUUGUAUGUAUUAAAACCAAAAAAUGAUUUAAAAUCAAGCAUAAGGCUGGUUUACUCAGUGGAUGGAAUAUACAUUCUUUAGAAUGAUUCAAGGCUUCAGAAGUGAGUUGUCUGUAAAUUCCUCUGAUUUUUUUUGUUGCCUGUGCUGCGUACAUAGCACACAUAAAAAGUAUAAAGAAUGAGGCAGGGAAAUGAAGGAAGAGAAGGGAUGCUACCAGGCUAGAAUCCAUUGAAUCCAGCAUACAGCAGUGGAUUGUCUGUUGUUGCUGAAGCAUUUCUAGGGCUGGUCACAUAAUUUCAAUCUAAUACUUUUAGAUGGUCAGUAAUUAUGCCUUUCUUCUUCUUGGUAACCAUUAUGCCUUUUUUUGGUUUUUUUUUUUGUAACCUUUGGUAACAAAACCUGGGCUUUAAAUGUAAUGACAUUUGCAGUUUACCAAAAGGCUAAAUAACAAAAGCUGCAACUAAUUUUAAUGUGAGCUACACUUUGAAUGCAGACUAUCACAAUGCAUGUGUAGAGGGAAGUGUAUUUCAUGUGCAGCUAAAAUCUGGCAUUUUCAAGGUUCUUAGUACUUGACUCUACAAAUCUUUACUUUCUUUAUGUAUCUGUUAGUCUCCACAACUCUCCAAAUUAAAAUGCCCUGUUCAAUCU